AUGGCCCAGACUCCCGAGAAGCCCACUGCCCCGGCCACUCCGGCAACAGAGGCGCCUUCUAUCUCCGCCAAGUCGCACAUGAAGGCCGUGAAGUCCGAACGAGCCGAGCUCAACGUCGCAACCAAGGCCAAGGAGGAGGACCCUUCUCCAACUCGACUCGACGCUCUGCGCGACGAGGGGGCAAAGGUCAUCGCAGAUGUGCGUGCCAAGGCGGUGGAGGUCGCCGAGCUCGCAGCGGUGAAGGCUGAGACUGCGAAGGUGCGCGCCGUGGAGUCCGUGCAUUCGUUGAAGUCCAAAGCCGGGCAGAUGAGGCAAUCUGCUGUGGCCUUCGCUUCCGAAGCAAAGGGCGCCGGUGUCCGCCGAGCACAGAUGGCCAAGGAGGCCGUGGGUGCCAGCUACACCUCCCUGCGCACGAACGGUGUGCGGUCCUGGGUUUCCGAGAACGUUCAGACAGCAAAGAGUCUGGCGACCGCUGCUGUACAGAAGUCGAGAGCCGCAGCCAUGAGUCAAGUCCAAUGGUCUGUGGACGCGACCAAGGCGAUGACUCAUUCCGUGAAAACCGGCAUCCAAACGCGUGUGCUCAGCACCAAGAAGGCCCUGCUGGACUCCUACGCCAAGGGGAAGAGCAAGGCGGUCGAGGCCAAGGACAAGGCAAAGGAGGUGGUCCAGGACAAGCAUGUGCAGGCGACAGCUGCCGGAGUCGUUGGCGGUGCAGCCACGCUUGGAGUUUCUGGAGGUGCAACCGGCCUCGCCGCAGGUACUGUGGUGGGUGGUGCCAUCGGUAUCAUCCCAGCCCUGUUCACGUUCGGCCUUUCCAUCCCACUGGGUGCAGCCAUCGGUGGCGGUGCAGGCCUGGCCGUCGGUGCGGCCGCAGGCGCCACGGCUGGCGCUGUCAGCGGUGGUGCGGCUGGCUAUGGCGCCUAUGCCAAGCGCGGGCAGAUCAACGAGCUCCGACAGAGCACCAUGAACAAGGCCUCCGAGUUCCGACAGGGCACCGUGGACAAGGUCUCCAACAGUGUGGAUGCCGUGAAAGGCAAGGCCGUCGCGUCCGCGCAGUUCCUCAAGGACAAGGCCGCCGAGGCUCGCAUGCGCCUCUCUGGAUCCGCCAAGGCAAAGGCUGCCUGA